AUGCCGCUCAUGCUGCUCAUGCCGCUCAUGCCGCUCAUGCUGCUCAUGCCGCUCAUGCCGCUCAUGCUGCUCAUGCCGCUCAUGCCGCUCAUGCUGCUCAUGCCGCUCAUGCCGCUCAUGCUGCUCAUGCCGCUCAUGCUGCUCAUGCCGCUCAUGCCGCUCAUGCUGCUCAUGCCGCUCAUGCCGCUCAUGCUGCUCAUGCCGCUCAUGCCGCUCAUGCUGCUCAUGCCGCUCAUGCUGCUCAUGCCGCUCAUGCCGCUCAUGCUGCUCAUGCCGCUCAUGCUGCUCAUGCCGCUCAUGCCGCUCAUGCCGCUCAUGCCGCUCAUGCUGCUCAUGCCGCUCAUGCCGCUCAUGCUGCUCAUGCCGCUCAUGCCGCUCAUGCUGCUCAUGCCGCUCAUGCCGCUCAUGCUGCUCAUGCCGCUCAUGCUGCUCAUGCCGCUCAUGCCGCUCAUGCUGCUCAUGCCGCUCAUGCCGCUCAUGCCGCUCAUGCCGCUCAUGCCGCUCAUGCCGCUCAUGCUGCUCAUGCCGCUCAUGCCGCUCAUGCUGCUCAUGCCGCUCAUGCCGCUCAUGCUGCUCAUGCCGCUCAUGCCGCUCAUGCUGCUCAUGCCGCUCAUGCCGCUCAUGCUGCUCAUGCCGCUCAUGCCGCUCAUGCUGCUCAUGCCGCUCAUGCCGCUCAUGCUGCUCAUGCCGCUCAUGCCGCUCAUGCUGCUCAUGCCGCUCAUGCUGCUCAUGCCGCUCAUGCCGCUCAUGCUGCUCAUGCCGCUCAUGCCGCUCAUGCUGCUCAUGCCGCUCAUGCCGCUCAUGCCGCUCAUGCCGCUCAUGCCGCUCAUGCCGCUCAUGCCGCUCAUGCUGCUCAUGCCGCUCAUGCCGCUCAUGCUGCUCAUGCCGCUCAUGCCGCUCAUGCUGCUCAUGCCGCUCAUGCCGCUCAUGCUGCUCAUGCCGCUCAUGCCGCUCAUGCUGCUCAUGCCGCUCAUGCCGCUCAUGCUGCUCAUGCCGCUCAUGCUGCUCAUGCCGCUCAUGCCGCUCAUGCCGCCCGUGCUGCUUUUCUAUCCGCUCGAACCUCCCCGAACACCCCCUCUCCUUGGGGUUCCCACGGGAGCAGAAGGCGACGAGUCCAAUGCCUCCGUCAGUUGCGGCCCGCAUGCCACGCCGCUGGGCGACCCUACUACCGUCCCGGCGACUCCUGCUAGCGUCGACGAUGGCGCAACAGCAGCCGCUGCUGCGAACGGCAGGAGCGGCGGCAUCCCCGUUGUAGGACGCAGCGAUGCUGCUCCGCUACAAGCAUGGCCCGACGCGGCGCAGGGAGUGGUGUUUAUAGCGGAGGGAGUGGAAAUGGGUGGUGAGAGGCGGGAGUAA